UUGGCACGCAGCCGGCAGGUGGCGACGCGCCCACAAGUCUGCUCCACUCGACUCGAGGUCAGAUCCAAACCCCAGCCCAGGUCCGAACCGCGCCGCAAAUUUUUUCUAGGUUUUGGUACGGAUCUAGGGUUUGCCGUGGAAUUUCGGGAGGAGGGCGCCCGCCAUCCGCUCGGGGUUCCUCCGCGGCUCUGAUUCCGUGCUUAUGGCCGCCGGGCGUCACGGAGGGUACAGGGACUACGAGGCGAGGGAGCGGGAGCCCGACGCGGAGGCGUCCCGGAGGACCGCAGAGCAACACCCGGGCGGCCGCCAGCGGAGCGACGCCGACCGCCGCCGCGACGGCGGGAGCAGCCGCGGUGGCAGGGAUGCCUCCAACGGGUACGGCCACCGCCGCUCGCACCCGCCAAAGAGCCGCCUUUCGGGGAGGCUGGGGGACCGGGAGCCCGGCGAGGUGCUCAGCGGCAGCGCCUCGGAUGACUCCGGUGGGAGGCUCCACAGGGCGGCUGAGAAUGUCGUGUCCAGCUCUGGCAGGGAGGGUGAGGUGGCCGCGGCCCAGUUGACCAGCAAGAAGAGGAAAUUCUCGCCGAUUAUUUGGGACAGGGAUAGCCCCAAGCCGCCGUUACAUUCUGACACAGCAAGGGGCACGGAAUCCGUGUCCACUGAUACAGCAAACGGCAAGAAGGUUGCGGAGCCUGCCGAACUUCCUCCGCCUCCCCCAGUGAUUCCACAGGGGCACAUCCCGGAGAGGGUGGCGGUGGAUAAGUCACCGAUGGAUGUGGACCUUGCUGUUGACACUGAGAGCGCUGAGCAGUCGCAUGAACCGGAGGAGAGCAAAGUGCUCGAGUCAGAAGAGGCUAAAGUGCUCGAGCCGGAGGAGAGUAAAGUGCUUGAGGAAGAGGAGUACCCAACAAUGAGGAACAUAUCAACUUCACGGUGGGCCGGUGCUAACGAUGAUGAGCAGGUAGGGGCAUCGCUCAGGAAGAAGAAAAGCACAACUCCUGCAGAUUUCGCUGACUUGGACCGGGGCAAGAAGACUCCCAGCCCAGAACUUGGAGAGGUCGUGACCAGUGAUAUCUCUGGAGGGAGGACCAUGUCAAGGUCGACUGAUUCAGGGAGGAUGGGCAACGAUGAGAAGGAAGUAGAUAAAGAUGACUACAUGGAUGUUGAUAGGGAGGAGGCUAGUGAUAAUGAUUCAGUAGACCGUCUGUCUUCUGGUUCGGAGAACCAAGUGCGCAGGUCUGAAACCCCUGAGCCAGUGAAGCCAGCUCAUCGAUGCAUCAACAUGCUUCACGGUUGCAGAAGUGUUGAUGUGUUUGAGAGGCUCAACAAGAUUAACGAGGGCACUUAUGGUGUUGUAUAUAGAGCAAAGGAUAAGAAGACUGCUGAGGUUGUUGCGCUGAAGAAGGUCAAGAUGGAAAAGGAGAGAGAAGGUUUCCCGUUGACCUCUCUCAGGGAGAUCAAUAUCCUUCUAUCUUUCCACCACCCUUCAAUUGUUGAUGUCAAGGAAGUAGUAGUUGGCAGUAGCCUGGACAGUAUUUUUAUGGUGAUGGAGUACAUGGAGCAUGAUCUGAAGGGUGUCAUGGAGAAUAUGAAGCAGCCAUAUACCCAGAGUGAGGUCAAAUGUUUAGUGCUUCAGCUAUUAGAGGGUGUGAAAUAUCUUCAUGACAAUUGGGUACUUCAUAGGGAUCUGAAGACCUCAAAUCUGUUACUGAAUAACCGUGGUGAGUUGAAAAUUUGUGAUUUUGGACUGUCUCGUCAAUAUGGGAGCCCAUUAAAACCUUAUACUCAAUUGGUUGUGACUUUGUGGUACAGGGCACCAGAACUGUUGCUAGGAGCAAAGGAAUACUCCACUGCUAUUGAUAUGUGGUCCGUGGGAUGCAUAAUGGCAGAGCUUCUGGCCAAAGAACCAUUGUUCAAUGGAAAAACUGAGUUCGAACAGCUAGACAAGAUAUUUAGAACACUUGGCACACCUAAUGAGAAGAUAUGGCCUGGUUAUGCCAAAUUACCAGGUGUCAAAGUAAAUUUUGUCAAACAACCGUACAAUAGAUUAAGGGAGAAGUUCCCAGCUGCUUCUUUUUCUGGCACGCGUCCAAAUCUAUCUGAAGCUGGUUUUGAUCUGUUGAAUAAACUCCUAACUUAUGAUCCUGAGAAGCGUAUAUCAGCUGAUGCUGCCUUGCAGCAUCCGUGGUUCCAUGAAGUGCCUCUACCUAAGUCAAAGGACUUCAUGCCAACAUUUCCUGCGUUAAAUGAACUGGACAGGCGAACCAGACGGUAUUUGAAGAGUCCUGAUCCCCUAGAGGAGCAACGGUUGAAAGAACUGCAAGCAAAAGGCAACCGUGGCCUUUUCAGCUGAGCUUAAACCACUUUCUUGGGUUCUGUUGGUACUUACUGUUAUGCUUCAACCUGAAUCAGUGAGGUCAGAUGCCUUCUGAGGUGAGAUGUGCCAUGGACAUGAAGCAUCACAUCUUCUUGGUGUCUACAAGCAACUGACAGCGUUCUUUAGCAGGCUUUGUGCUUAAGUGGCCCGUCAUAGAAAUCUUUUCAGGAACACUCCAACCAGAUUGAUCAUGAAAGCAAUUCUAAUCUACCUUCGUCAAGGUUUGGCCUGUUAGCAUUUGUUACCAGUUUCACCUUUGGACCUUCUGUAUGUAAAAUAUUCCAGAUUGGUACGUUGUAAACAAUAGUCAGUGUGUUGGAUUUACAAUAAGAAAAAAUCAUCAAUUUUUCUCUA